AUGGGCUCAGGCUUCCAGACAUCGUUUACAGGGUUCUAUCAAAAAAGAGUGCGCAGUCGACAUAUUCCUGCAAAUACAGCUGGAUCAGUUCACGAUAAUUCUGUGGACGUGCUUCAACUAUCGGUAACAGUGACUUCUAUGUGGACCGUAUCAUCGGGGUUUUAUCCAGAGGAUGCAUCCAUGGCCUUACCUUUUCAAGAUCAUCGGACAAUAGAACGACAUUCUAAGAAGCCUGAGCAUCAGUUGUUUUUGUAUUCCUGCUCCAACACGGCAGGGGCAGGAGUUGCGGAGCCUCUACAGAAAAUUGGUGGCAUUGAGGCAAGGGCAUUUACGGCAGCGGACUGGGUGAAAACCAUGUCCAUGGAAAACCCUUGA